GCCGCGGUCAACUCAUGUGGGCGUGGCUUCACAAGGGGCGUGGCCAAUCCCGAGAGGGAUGCCCCUCCGGGGGCGGUGGUCAUCCAUCUGGGGGCGUGGCCAGGGCUGGGGGUGGAGCCAGACGCUGUCAGCCAGUCCCGGCCAUGAGGUGCUCGGCGCUGCAGCUGCUGCUGGCCGUGGCCGUGGCCGUGGCCGAGCCCGACUCCGACUCCGGGGUGCCGGCGGCCGCCCACUUCGCCGUGGCCGCCUACAACCGCGCCAGCAACGACGUGCGGCUCUGGCGGGCGCUGCGGGUGCUGCGGGCUCGGCGGCAGGCAGAGGCCGGCUACAAGUACGACCUGACCAUGGAGCUGGUGCCAACCCAGUGCCUGAAGAAUGACGCGGGCACCAGAGAUGUGGAGCUCAGCCAGUGCCCCCUGGCCCCCCCCUCUGAGAGACCCUGACCUGCGACUUCCAGAUCUGGACUCGACCAUGGCUCCACAACACCCGGCUCAUCUCCCAGCACUGCCAGCCCCAUAACCCCGACCCCUGCCCCAGAGGAACUGCCGCCAGUGUCUCCCCCCAGGACUGUGGGUCCUACCCCAGAAAUCUGAGUCCAAACCGUUUAACCACUUAAAAAAGAAACAUCUCCCCCCA